GAAUUACGGGGACUAAUUUUUGUUCUUGUUUUUUGGGUUACCGGGAGACUAAUUAGUUAUUACCAAUCAGGUUGCUUCUGCUAAUAAGCCCUAGCUAGCUGGCCAGUAGCCCAAGUGAGGCCCUUCCUACUGUCCCACACAAUUACUCUGAAAUCCCAGCCGUCCCAUUCACAUUUUCCUGUUGAUUUCAUUUUCUAACGAGGCAAUUUUCUUUCUUUCUCUCCUUUUCUUUCCUGAGAGCUAAACGUUGGGCUUGGUUAAUAAGUCGUAAAAUUUUUGCUUUUCACUGUGGAAUACCAUCUCUCGCACGAGACAUGUUAAAUUGGAAGCACCUUGUCUUUAGGAAAUCGAUCAACCAUGUAGCAAGAAUCAGUGGCAGAUUGCGGUCACAGCCUCAAUGUGUUUGCGAAAAUGCCUCAACCAUUUCAGCCCAGAUAUCUCCGUCAGUUCAUUCAUCAAACAGUUACAGCUCAAAACCUCUCCAAAACCCUCAAUACCUAAAACCCAUUACCUUGUUCAACAGAUAUAUUCACUCUAGUAGAGAAACUAAAAUGAGCUACUUGGGGCAUGAAACAAGACUCGAAUCUGAGGAUGGCGAAGAGGAUGGUGCGAUGAAUGAAUUCUUGUCCCGAUUCGUCUGGAUAAUGCGUGGGAAACUUUCGGAGUCUUACCCAGACUGUGAUAAACAGACAAUUGAUGGCAUGCUAUUGAUCAUUGUUGAGAAAGUUGUUUUCGAGUUGCAAAAGGGUGGGAUUCAUCAGAUGCUCGGUGCGGCAGUGUCCACUCCGUCUCAGGAUUUGAGUGAGGAUUUGUGGAGAACGGUGUGGGAGGUGAGCAAUAUGGUGUUGGAUGACAUGAGGAAGGCAACAAAGAAGGAAAAGAUGAAGAAGUUUCUGCAAUCAGAAGAAGUUAAGGAGAUGAGCAGGUUUGCUGGGGAAAUUGGUAUACGAGGGGAUUUACUGAGGGAGCUCAGGUUCAAGUGGGCUAGCGAGAAAAUGGAGGAAAGUGAGUUCUACGCAAGUUUGGAGCGUCUAAGACAAGAAGAACAACAAGCCCAUGAAAAAGAAUUGUUAGAAGGCGCACGAGAUGAUAAGGUGGGCGAAGAAGAGGCUGUUGUUGUGUCUGAGGAGAAACCUAAGGUUGUUUCUCUUCCCAAGAGACAUGGAAAGAUAAGUUACAAGUUAUAUGGUCUUGAUCUUUCUGACCCGAAAUGGGCAGAAGUGGCUGAUAAAAUUCAUGAGACAGGGAAGAUCAUUUGGCCUGAGGAUCCCAAACCAAUAUCUGGAAAAUGCAAACUGGUUAUUGAGAAAAUUUUAUCACUAAAUGAGGCAAAUGACCCAUCUCCACUUUUGGCUGAAUGGGUUGACCUUCUUCAGCCUACCAGGAUUGAUUGGAUCAAUUUGCUUGACAGACUGAAAGAGCAGAGCACGCCUCUAUACUUAAAGGUGGCAGAACUUGUACUGAGCCAGAAGUCCUUUGAAACUAACAUCCGUGAUUACUCAAACCUCAUUGAUGCUCAUGCAAAAUGGAAUCGUGUGGAAGAUGCUGAAAGAAUACUUAAGAAGAUGAAUGAAAAUGGUUUCCAGCCUGAUAUUUUAACAGCCAUUACUUUGGUUCACAUGUACAGCAAGGUAGGCAAUCUUGAACGUACAAAAGAAGCAUUUGAAAUCUUGAAGAGCCAUGGCUUCCAGCCAGACAUCAAGGCCUACACUUCAAUGAUCAUGGCAUAUGCAAAUGCUGGCCAACCCAAGUUAGGCGAGUCAUUGAUGAGAGAGAUGGAAUUUAAAGACAUAAAGCCCCCAAAGGAGAUAUUCUUGGCAUUACUUCGAUCAUUUUCCCAAUGCGGUGAUGUCGAUGGAGCUGGACGAAUUGGUAAUAUGAUGCAAUUUGCAGGGUUCGAGGCAAAUAUGGAGUCUUGCACGUUGCUCAUUGAGGCAUAUGGAAAAGCUGGUGAUCCUGAUCAGGCAAGGAGGAAGUUUGACGACAUGAUAAAAGCUGGACAAAAGCCUGAUGAUAGGUGCACUGCAAGCAUGAUUGCAGCUUAUGCAAAGAAGAAUUUAUUGGACAAGGCCCUAAAUCUUUUGUUGCAGCUUGAGAAGGAUGGGUUUGAACCUGGAGUUGAAACUUAUAGCGUUCUUGUGGACUGGCUAGGCAGGUUGCAGCUAAUCGACGAAGCUGAACAACUAUUAGACAGAAUUGCCAAGCAGGGUGAGGCUCCUCCUUUUAAAAUAAAUAUAAGCCUCUGUGAUAUGUAUGCAAGGGCUGGAAUUGAGAAAAAGGCCCUACAAUCUUUAGGGGUUCUGGAGGCCAAAAAGGAACAAUUGAGAUCAGAUGAGUUUGAGAGGAUUAUACAUGGGUUAAUAGAUGGUGGCUUCGUGCAGCAUGCUAAUAGGAUACAUGAGAUGAUGCAGGCACAGGGUUUCACGGCAUCAGAGCCACUUAAGGUGGCCCUCAUGGCAUCUCAAGCUUUUGGCCGCGGGAGACCUAUGAUGAGAUAGUUAUUGAUCACCCAGAAUGCUUAAACUUUUGGGUACAAGAGGAGAGACCAACAAAGAGAUCCUUUUGUAGUCAUUUAGGAGUCCGUGGCACACUGCUAAAUCACCAACAUGUAACGGAUACAGGAGUGUAAUAUCUUCACUCUUCUCUGUUUUUGUUUUUGUUUUUACCAGUCCAGUGAUGGUUCCCAUGGCUAUAACGAACUUUCUCCUAUUUUGGCCUAAAUCCAGUGUUCCUUGGAACUGACUAAUCGCCGUAGACGCUUUUUCCUUUAUAUUACACUAUUUUUUUAGCAUAUUUUUAUAUGCGUAAUGUUCCAGAUACCCAUUUUAUC